AUGUACCUGGAUCGAUCAAUCCGGCGGAUCUACCAUCCAGAGGUUGUUCCGUUCGACAGCUCUCGGAAACAGAGUGGUGGCAUGGUCCUCCUUGGCUCUAUUACCCAUCUGAUACAUGGCCUAGAUCUGAAUUCUCCAUUCAUAGCCCGUAGGGGACGAUGCAGCAUUAUCUAUUGUGACAAUGGCUCUAAUUUUGUGGGUGCUUCUAAUCUGCUGAGUAAUCUGGAUUGGAACCUUAUUGUAAGUGACACUGCUCUUCAUCCUAUUAAGUGGAAGUUUAACCCACCGACUGCCUCUUGGUGGGGUGGAUGGUGGGAGCGACUGAUCGGUAUUCUUAAAAGAUUAUUAAGAAGAGUCUUAGGUCGAUCUUCUUUAACAUAUGAACAGAUGACGACGGUGUUAUGUGAUAGCGAAGCCAUAAUCAAUUCACGACCGAUUACGUAUGUCACGGAUAAUGAUGCAGAGUUGGUUCCAUUGACUCCGUCAAUGUUCCUGCAGGAUAUAAAAGUGAGUGGUGUUCCUGAUUGUGAUAAAGCUGAUCAGCAGAGUCUUAAUCAACGUGUCAAGUAUCGGCAAAAUUUACAGAAAGCCUUAAGAAACAGAUUUCGGUCGGAAUAUUUGGGAGCUCUGCUUCAGAGACCAGAACGUGAAACAGCUUCUGCCGUAGCAGUGGGUGAUGUUGUAUUAAUUGAAAAUGACAAUACGAAACGCAUCAGUUGGCCACUUGGCAAAAUAAUAGAGGUAAUACCAGGGAAAGAUGGUAUUACAAGACUUGUAAAACUGAAAACUUCAAGAGGGGAAUUGCUUCGACCGGUACAACGCCUAUACCCUUUGGAAGUGUCAGCAACAGAGUCAGUUCUAAUUCGAGAGAAAUUGCCAAGUGUACAAUGGGGUCAAUUCAUGUGA